ACGUGUGCUAAAGGCUCCUAUUGCGCAGAAAGAACGCGUCUCGUCCAGCGGCGCUAGAUGCAGAGCGGCAGAGGUUAAAGGGCUGCGCUUUAUGUAAAAGUCUCCGAGUCGUGUGGUAUGCUGAGCGCUUUGAUGCUUAACUGCGGCUACAACGAGGCAGAAUGGCCGAAUCUGUGCUGGCUUUCCAGCGCUUUAUUAAAUCCGCGUCGUUGCCCCUGCACGUCUGGUUUAACGCAUAAUUGAGCGAAUCUCGCCUGGUUUUGUUCUCAUCUCUUUAGAGCGGUCGUUAUUAUAAAUGUGAAUGGCGGCUGAUGUCCAGGCAAUCGUUAACUGAAAUACCCUCGUGUGUCGUUUUAAUUUCGCAACCUUUCCCCGGUCUGAGCGUUUCAGACGGCGCUCGCUUUGUGGGAGCGCUGGAACGCGCGUAUCGGUUUUUGAAUGGCAAAAGGGCAAUCGCCGCGUCGUCUCACAUGCGCGCCGGGCUGCGUUACGAGAAACUGCAUGUGACAGCCGAGCUCUGCUUUUGAUAGAUAGGCUACUGUGUAGAUGAAGCAGCAGCGAUUCUCGCCGAACACAGACCUCCACUCUGCGGAAUUAUCGUUUGGAUGGACAUUUUGGACGCGCACAAAAACGCAACCCAGCGCGGGGAAAUAAGAAGAGGCGCAAAAAAGGAGAGGAGGAAGAAGAGGAAAAAAACGCUAAUCGGAAAUGUUUUCAUUGUAUAAAAUGCGCCGCUGAGAUCUGGGAGGUGCUGAAAUCUAUUUGCACUCCGUUCCGCGUGAUUGGCACACUUGACAGUGAUUGACAGGAGUCCAUGGAAACUACGCAACCAAUCUGCCAGCUCCAAUAGAAAAUCAGACUAGGACAGAACGUCUUUUUUUUCACCCCCCACCCUCCACACACACCCCCCUCCUCAAAAAUAUCUCCGUUCCUGUGCUAUAUUCUCGUUCACUCGAGCUCUCCAUAUCGCCUGCCGAGGCUGCUGCCGUCAGCCAGAGGGGCAUCCUCUUUUCCUCAGCACCGUCUAAACCGGCUCGUCUGCUGGCUCCGGGAGAGGGAGAGAGGGAGAGGGAGAGAGAGUGAGAGAGCGAGAGAGAAAGAGAGAGAGCGAGCGAGCGAGAGACAGACAGACAGCACACGCGAGAGCGAGAGACGGCGAGGACCGCGAGGGGGGGAGAGAGAAAGCACACAGAAGCCUUCAUGUUUCAGCUGCCAAUCCUAAAUUUCAGUCCCCAGCAGGUAGCGGGGGUAUGCGAGACGCUGGAGGAGAGCGGGGACAUCGAGCGCCUCGGCCGCUUCCUCUGGUCGCUGCCCGUCGCGCCCGCCGCCUGUGAGGUGCUCAACCGCAACGAGUCCGUGCUCCGAGCUCGCGCCAUCGUGGCCUUCCACACGGGGAACUUCCGCGAGCUCUACCACAUCCUGGAGAACCACAAGUUCACCAAAGAGUCCCACUCCAAACUGCAGGCGCUUUGGCUGGAGUCGCACUACCAGGAGGCCGAGAAGCUCCGAGGUCGCCCGCUCGGGCCGGUGGACAAAUAUAGGGUGCGCAAGAAGUUUCCGCUGCCCAAAACUAUUUGGGACGGAGAACAAAAGACGCACUGCUUCAAAGAAAGGACCAGGCAUUUGCUGCGAGAAUGGUACCUGCAGGACCCUUACCCGAACCCGAGCAAAAAGAGGGAGCUCGCAGAAGCCACGGGACUUACUCCCACCCAAGUGGGCAACUGGUUUAAAAAUCGAAGACAAAGGGACAGAGCAGCGGCCGCUAAAAACAGGUUACAACAGCAGGUGCUGUCCAAUGGCUCGGUUCCUGGCGAAGAGGGCACCGUGGACCGGCUGGGCGGCGCGUCGAGCCCAGAAGCCAGCCUGUCGAGCAAAGCUGCUGCUUCGGCCAUCUCCAUCACAUCGAGUGACAGCGAAUGUGACAUCUAACGUCGCCCCUCCGGGCGAGCAGGGAAGACGAGGAGAAAAUGAACACCUUACGAAGGAAGUCGAGACAGACAAUCAACAAGACAAACAAGCACAUCAGUGCCUGCCUUAACGUAUCAGAGGCCGUGUUUUUUCUUUGUUCUUCUUCUUCUUCUUCUUUUUUUGGUAAUUAUUUGGCGGCUGUCAGACCAGCCAGGGAUCUAUGGAAUGCUCUAUCUUUAAAAAUGUAUUUAUCUUUUUUCCAUAACCGAAUAUGAAAUACACGACGAGGUGACACUUUGAGGAGGGGAAAUAGAUAGAGAGAGAAAGAGAGAGAAAGAGAGAGAGAGAAAGAGAGAGAGAGAGAGAGAGAGAGAGAGAGAGAGAUCCUGUCCGUGUCCAAAUUACUUUUGUAUGAAGCUAAAUCGGAUGCCUCAAGGAAACAGGAACAAAACGAAAACCGCUCACUUUUUUGUUUGCUAUGAAAAGGACUUCAUGUUGUAUCGACGUUUUACCAUUUUACCACGUUUUCUAAGAUGUUUACGUAUUAAAAAAAGACGUUGCUCUAAUAGAAACAUUUGAUUUGCUUGCUCAUUUCAAGUCCGGUCAUUUUGGUGUAUAUCGAUGGACUUUUAGAGUGCGCCGAGUAGUGGACGUAUGUUUUAAUGAAUUAAGGACUUUUAAGUUAAUAAAAUGUUUGAUGAUCAAA